AUGACCCAGACCAAAGCCCCUCCUGCUUCUACUACCACCUUGAAGCGUUUCCCUCACAUCCAUGAUGACCCUGCUCAACUCCCUCGGUCCUUGGACCCCUUCACCAUCACCACUUCCACCGGCUUCCUGCCAUUCAUCAUGUCUCCCACCAAGCUGCCCGAUGCCUUCCAGCCUCUGAUGUCCUUACUUGACCGUCUUCCCGUUGUCAAGGCUGAUGGAACCCCAGGCCUCUUGGCUACCUAUGAGCUGGGGCCUGCUGUCGAGGCUGAGCUACCCGACCUGACUGCUGAGGUGGAUAAGCUGGUCACUGCUGAUGGUUCUCCUGACCUCUAUGCUGUCACUGCUGUCUUCCGGGAUUACUCUUUCCUGGCUUCUUCUUACUUGCUUGAGCCCUGCUGGGAGAACUGGACCAAGAACCCCGAGAAUGGAUACGGCCUGGGAAGAGACUUCCUUCCUAGGGCCGUGGCUUGUCCCAUGUACCGUUGUGCUCAACUCCUGGACAUCCCUCCCUUCAUGUCUUACGCUGCCGCGUACUCCCUCUUCAACUACACUCUUGAGGAUCCUUCCAAGGGCCUGGUCUACUCGAACCUCCGCCUUGUCCGAGCAUUUGAACGUGGCCUUGACCCCAAGAGCUCCGAGGCAGGGUUCAUCCUCACUCAUGUCGACAUGGUCAAGGAAUCCAACCACCUGAUCAGCGGAGCUGUUAAGGUCGUCGACACCCUUGAACUUGGAGGCCCUCGUUCUGAUGUGAAUGAUGGGUUCCGUGAGAUCCUCACCGCGAUGGAGAAGAUUGAAGCUUCCAUGGAAGACAUGUGGGCCAACUCUAAGCCCAGUGAAUACCUUUCCUUCCGUGUCUUCAUCUUCGGAAUCACCUCUCAGUCCAUGUUCCCGAACGGAGUGGUCUACGACGGUGUCCUAGAUAACAAGCCUCUUCAUUUCCGUGGCGAGAGUGGAGCCAACGACAGCAUGAUUCCUCUUCUGGACCACCUCCUCCAGAUCCCCAUGCCGUCCACUCCCCUCACCAAGAUUUUGCAUGAGUUCCGUGCUUAUAGGCCUCUUCCUCACCGCGAGUUCCUCGCCCACAUGAACUCUAAAUCCCAGGAGGUUGGCGUCUUUGACUUCGCGAAGAAAGACACGGAGACCAUUAUCCUCUUCCUCAAGACCCUGAACCACGUCCGCAGCUUCAGAUGGCGACACUGGCUGUUCGCCCGAGAGUACAUUAUCCGGCGGACUCCUCACCCGACUGCCACCGGCGGUAGUCCAAUCGUGACUUGGCUGCCUAACCAGCUUUCGGCGGUUAUGGAUAUGAUGAUUUCCGUCUACGAUACCUAUCUUGCCCCACAAAAGAGUUCCGGAGACGCCAAUGGCUUGACGGGUUACGAUGCGACGUACCAGAAACAGGUUGAGCCCAUGAUGGAGAUGGUGCGUGAUCAGAGGGAAAAGUUGGCCCGUGAGGUCGAGAGGUGGUGCAAGGAGAGAGGAGUUUGA